UCUUCUCAUCAUCGCAACCUCAAAGCUCUCGUUAAGACAGAGACUUGGUGGCUUGAGUGAGAGAUGGCAGCACCGGCAGAGACGAUGAACAAGCCCGGCGCCGAGGUUCUCAAGGCACUCACCUCGGUGUUCCAGCCGGGGAAGCUUGCCGUCGAGGCGAUUCAGGUGGAUGAGAAUGCGGCCCCGACACCGCCCAUCCCGGUGCUGAUCGUCGCACCCAAGGAUGCGGGAACCUACCCCGUCGCUAUGCUCUUGCACGGCUUCUUCCUCCAUAACCACUUCUACGAACACCUUCUCCGGCACGUCGCGUCCCACGGCUUCAUCAUUGUCGCGCCCCAGUUCAGCAUCAGUAUCAUACCUUCGGGUGACGCCGAGGACAUCGCCGCGGCAGCCAAGGUGGCAGACUGGCUCCCCGACGGCCUCCCGUCCGUGCUGCCCAAAGGCGUCGAGCCGGAGCUCUCGAAGCUCGCCUUGGCCGGCCACAGCCGAGGAGGCCACACGGCUUUCUCCUUGGCCCUGGGGCAUGCCAAGACCCAGCUAACCUUCUCCGCGCUCAUCGGCCUCGACCCCGUCGCCGGCACGGGGAAGUCCUCCCAGCUCCAGCCCAAGAUCCUCACCCACGAGCCCUCCUCCUUCGGCAUGGCCAUGCCGGUGCUGGUCGUCGGCACCGGGCUCGGCGAGGAGAAGAAGAACAUAUUCUUCCCUCCCUGCGCACCGAGGGACGUGAACCACGCGGAAUUCUACCGCGAGUGCAGGCCGCCCUGCUACUACUUUGUGACCAAGGACUACGGGCAUCUGGACAUGCUGGACGACGGCGCCCCCAAGUUCAUCACCUGCGUCUGCAAGGAUGGGAACGGGUGCAAGGGCAAGAUGAGGAGGUGCGUUGCUGGGAUCAUGGUGGCAUUUCUGAAUGCUGCCCUUGGUGGGAAAGAUGGAGAUCUUGAGGCCAUACUGAGAGACCCGGCGGUUGCACCAACCACGCUUGAUCCGGUUGAGCACCGCCUGGCGUGAAGCAGCAGCUGGCUCAUGCCAAAGUUAGCCUGCCGCAGGUUGGCCCACUAAAUAAAGUACAGACGUAUUCCCUCCGUUCCAAAAUACUUGAUUUCCAUUUGUUCAAAAAUAGAUGUAUCUAUAUAGUAAAACAUGUCUAGAUACAUCUAUACUUUGACAAAUGAAAGACAUGUAUUGUGAAACCGAGGGAGUACCUCUAAGCAAUUUGCUUCACUUGUUCAUGCAAGCUAAAACUGCUGCUGCUUUAGCUCUUGUGAGCCUGCAAUGGUACUUCUGCUCUGUUUCCAGAUGUAUACUACUCUUGUGAGUAUAAAUCUUGGUUUUCGUGUCUUGGGCUGGAAUAUGCCGUCUGAUCCCAAGCAUACUAGGUGCAGUUCUGAUCCUAUGGAGAAUUUGUAAUCUAGUGUCAGACAUGUAUCUAGUUGACAAUGAACAAUAACGUACUAAAACAAACGUUGAUGCAGAAUCAGCAUCAAGUAAUCUA